AUGUCACCUCCAGUAGAAUUUGAGUACAAUGCCUUUUGGGCAAUAAAACAGUGUAAUAUGAAUUUAGAGAAGGCUGGUGCCCAUCGGAAGUUGGACUUGCAAGAAUUGGAAGAGACCCGGAACGAAGCGUAUGAGAACGCAUUAAUUUAUAAGGAGAGGAGUAAGGCGUUCCAUGACCAAAAAAUCCCUAAAACGACCUUUGAAGUUAGUCAGAAGGUUCUCCUAUACCAAUCCAGACUUAAGCUAUUCCCAGGUAAACUACGUUCCCGUUGGAUUGGCCCUGCUAUUGUUACUCCCGUCUUUCUGUAUGGUGCAGUAGAAAUCCAGAGCAAUAAGACGGACAACAAGUUUGUGGUGAAUGGACAUCGUCUCAAACACUAUUACGAGGGCUUUCCAAGUGGAGAAGUGGAGAUGAUAUGUUUGGAUGCACCAAAUUGUUCUAAUUAG